AAAGCAACUCAAACGUCUCAACUUGUCGCAUUCCAAACCCCCUCCUCCAAGCUAGAGUGAGUGAGAGAGAAGAUGGCGGAGAAGAGGGAGAGGAGGCCGCCGAUAGAUGUAGUGAUGGAGGCGGCGUCAGGACCUCACUUCUCCGGUCUACGAUUCAACGGACUGCGUUCUUCUUCUUCUUCUCCUCGCGCCUCCGCUGUCGUUCCUCCUUCUCCUUUAUCCUCAACCCCUUCUGACUCCAACGCUACCAAACAGCCCUUCGUCAUCGGAGUUUCGGGAGGUACGGCUUCUGGUAAGACGACAGUGUGUGACAUGAUAAUUCAACAACUUCAAGAUCAUCGUGUUGUGCUUGUCAAUCAGGACUCUUUUUAUCGAGGAUUGACAGCUGAAGAAGCAGAACGAGUGCACGAAUACAACUUUGAUCAUCCUGACGCUUUUGACACUGAACAGCUUCUAGAGUGCAUCGAGACACUCAAAUGUGGUCACCCUGUCCAGGUCCCCAUAUAUGAUUUCAAAACUCAUAGCAGGUGUUCAGAUGUUUCCCGGCAGGUAAACGCGUCUGAUGUAAUUAUCUUAGAGGGGAUUCUAGUUCUCCAUGAUCCACGUGUCCGUGAUUUGAUGAACAUGAAGAUUUUUGUUGAUGCAGAACCUGAUGUGAGGCUCGCUCGUAGGAUAAGGCGUGAUACAGUUGAGAGGGGUAGGGACAUAAACUCUGUGCUCGAACAGUACGCGAAGUUUGUGAAACCUGCUUUUGAUGAUUUUGUCCAUCCGUCAAAGAAGUUUGCUGAUGUCAUCAUACCACGGGGAGGUGAAAAUCAUGUUGCUAUUGAUCUAAUUGUCCAACAUAUCCGCACUAAACUUGGCCAGCACGAUCUUUGCAAAAUAUAUCCUAAUGUCUACGUUAUUCAAUCGACAUUCCAGAUAAGAGGUAUGCAUACACUGAUUCGAGAUCGGGAUAUAUCAAAGCAUGAUUUCAUAUUUUAUUCAGAUCGGCUUAUUCGUCUGGUAGUGGAGCACGGACUUGGCCAUUUGCCUUUCACUGAGAAGCAAAUAAUCACUCCAACAGGGGCAGUAUAUACUGGAGUUGACUUCUGCAAGAAAUUGUGUGGAGUUGCCAUUGUUCGAAGUGGUGAAAGCAUGGAGAAUGCAUUGCGCGCUUGUUGCAAAGGAAUAAAAAUUGGGAAAAUUCUUAUUCACCGUGAUGGUGACAACGGGAAGCAGCUUAUAUAUGAAAAACUUCCCAAGGAUAUUUCAGAACGACAUGUCCUGCUUCUUGAUCCGGUUCUUGCUACCGGUAACUCUGCGAAUCAUGCAAUUGAACUGCUAAGACAGAAAGGGGUUCCAGAGUCCCACAUCAUAUUUCUGAAUCUCAUUUCUGCACCUGAGGGGAUACAUUGCGUUUGCAAACGGUUCCCGUCCUUGAAAAUUGUCACCUCAGAGAUUGACUUGUCAUUGAAUGAAGAAUUCCGUGUUAUUCCGGGAAUGGGGGAGUUUGGUGAUCGUUACUUUGGCACUGACGAUUGAUCAUUCAUCGUCGAAAUCUAGAAAUUGAAUGAAAUUGAGCUGUGCUAUCCACACAGAUUUCUGUGCACAGAUUAUGCACAGAUUUCAAUGUGGGACCCACUACGGGUCCCCACAUAAACAAUCCGAGCCGUUCAUUAAAUGUAAAAUAUUUUUUCGAGUGUCCACACAAAAAAUCAACUCAAUCCGAUACAUAUAGAAGCUCGAUCCAAUCAUCUAACUUUUCAUUCAGAUUUCAGAAUAAUGAAAAGUUAUAUGAUUGGAUCGAGAGCCUAUAGGUAUCGGAUUGAGUUAAUUUUUUGUAAAGACCCUUGAAAAAAUAUUUUACAUUUAAUGAGCGGUUCGGAUCAUUUGUGUAUGACCCAUAAUGAACACAUAAUGAUCUGUGCAUGAUAUGUGUAUGAAAAGUGUCAAUAGACUUUCUGUAUAAGUACAGAGAGGUUUGUUGUUUAUUCUCAUCGGUCUCAUAUCUGUUGCGCGUGCUCUCUUUUUUUUUGACUUAAUAAGUGUAAAAUUUGGCAACAGCUAUGGUUCAGAUCGCGUAAAAAUCUGGACAGGGACCUUAUCAUUCA